AUGACCGAGCUUCAGUCAGCACCUGCAACUAAGUCAGCACGGAAACACCUGCAGCAGUGCAGAAAUAAGUCAGAGGUGGUGGUCAUGAGAGAAGUAGGUGUGUCAGUCGAUGCUGAUGACUCUGCGAGUGAAUAUGGUAUCAGCGAUUCUGAAUUCAAAAAGUCAGAGGAUGAUGUAGAAGUACCUGAAGACGAUGAUAUCUUGGACUUACUGUCUCAAAGCUCAGAGAAGCUUCAAGAGGAACUCAUGAAAGAGGUCCAUGAGAUUUUACUACUUGGUGACACCGGUGAUGAUGGUAAGAUACCACAGCUGGUCACAGUCACCGAUGAAUCAGAACCCAAGUUUGACACCAACUUGACGUCUACAAAAUCAACCUACUACCGUGAGACUUCGACUAUCAAAUGCAAGCCUGAGCCUGGCUCAGAAUGCACACAUCCAGAUUGUUUUGAGGACUGCUGUCUUAGAACUCAAGAAAAUUGCUGUCUUCAAAAAUAUAUUCCCCACCAUUACCAAGAAGCAAAAGAUGGCUAUCCUGAAGGUCAGAUCAGUGCUUUCCACACUAGUAUCAAGAAGCUUGCUCAUCAAAUUGUCAUAUCUCGAUUCAGACUGAAGAAGGGCUGCGCCAACCAGGUUGAAGAGCUCCUGAAAAGCCACGUGUAUAUUUUUCCAACUAACAACAAUGGCAAGGUCCUCAGCAACCAACCAUUCUGCAACGAGGGCAUUGUCAAUAUCCUUCAUCAGUUAAUGUUUGAUGAUGACAAUAAUGAGUUGGAGCUCCCUGUGGCUAUGGUUGCAUUGGUUGCAACUAUCACUUAUGCCAUACUGAUGGACUGGAGGAGUGGCAAUCCACCAUCGAGCUUGCAAGUCAAAUCCUUCAAUGCUACCCUCCACAUUGGUGUCUACAAAGCCCACGAAGCAACCCUCACUCAGAUUUUUGAAUGUGGGAAAAAAAAGUAUCAUGCACUGAUGGCACAGCUUUACAAGGCCAUCAGUGUGUCGCAGAACAUGUUACUGCCGGCUGGUUCAUUGAGCAACUUCGACUACCUCAAUGUUGACACAAUGUCCAAGGAUUAA